GUUAAAAAGGCAGUGGCAAUGGCGGUUGUCGGAACCAUGCCAGUUUUUGACUGUAACGAAGAUUUCGUUAUUUUUAAAGAACGGAUCGUUCAAUUUUUUAAGGCAAAUUCUAUUGCGGAAGCGAAGCAAGUUCCGGUGUUAAUUACAGCGUUGAGUAGUUCGGUGUAUACGACCUUGCGCGAUUUAUGUUAUCCAGAUAAACCCGAUACAAAAACUUUUGCCGAAAUUUGUAAAUUGUUGGCACAACAGUAUUCAAAAGCGAUAUCAAUUUUCAACGAACGAAGAAUUUUCUACAAGAUGCAGCAAAGUGAAGGAGAGCAGAUUAACGAUUGGUUCGCGCGGGUAAAGAAGCUGGCAGUAAACUGCAAAUUUGGAGCCGACUUAACCAUGGUUUUAAAAGAUAAGUUUGUGACAGGGAUGGUGGAUGGCAAGGUGCUAGACAGACUGGUAGAGGAGGAUCCAUCGCAGAAGACCUUAGACGAACUAUUUCAAAUGGCGGUAAAAAAGGAGGCAUCCUUGCGGAUAAGCGGUGGUAGCAGUCGACAGCAGCUGUUUGCAAUAGACAAGAAGAGGGUUACUGAAAGGCGAGCUGAAAGGGGUCCGCAGCACAAGGUACAUUCAGCGAAAGCGUCGGGCUCACAGUCACAGGUGAAGUGCUACGCGUGUGGUAAGAAGAAUCACAAUUUCAGUAAGUGCACGUACAAAAAUUUUAAGUGUAGGUUAUGUUUUAAAGUGGGACACAUUACAUCUAUCUGUAAUAUGAAAAGACAAAAUUACCUGCAAAGUAGAGACGAAGCACAAUCACAUGUUGAAAUUCAAAAUGAGGAUUCUGUUUUAGAGCGUACUUUGUAUCACUUAGAUAAUGAGGUUACACAUAAUUUUAAAGUAGAUGUUUUCAUUAAUCGUGUUAGGUUGCGAAUGGAAAUCGAUACAGGUUCUGCCAUUUCGGCAAUAUCUUUUAAAUUGUACAAUGAACUGUUUAAUAACUUACCGUUACAGGUUUCAAGGACAGUCUUGAAAUCGUAUGAUGGUACAAAUAUUUAUCCAAAAGGAAAAAUUAACGUAAGCUUGCAGAUUGGAGGUGAUUGUAAGAUGGUCGAAUUAUUAGUCAUCGAUAAUGGUGGAAACCCAUUGUUGGGUAGAGAUUUAUUAGCAAGGUUUAAUGUAAGUAUGUGUAGCAAAAAUGUGUUCGUGUUAAAUGAUUGUAAAGAUAGUUUAGACGUUUUAGUAAAUAAUUAUGCAGAGCUAUUUAAAGAUGAGUUAGGUCAUUUUAAAUUUGAAAAGGUGAAAUUGGAAGUGGUAGAAGGAACGACACCUAAAUUUCAUAAACCAAGAAAUUUGCCAAUUGCUUAUAAAGGAUUAGUUGAAGUAGAGUUAGACAGGUUACAAAAAGAAGGUGUAAUUACACCAGUUCCAGAUUCAGUUUGGGGGACACCCUUGGUCCCUAUAUUAAAAAAAGAUGGGACAAUUCGGUUGUGUGCCGAUUAUAAGGUUACGGUAAAUAAUUAUUUGAAAGAUGUUAAAUAUCCCCUCCCAUUAAUUGAAAAUUUAUUUGCCGCUUUACAGGGUGGAGAGAAGUUUUCUAAAUUAGAUCUCAGUCACGCAUAUAAUCAGUUAGAGCUAGAGGAAUCCACCAAACUUUUACUAGCGUGGAGUACGCAUAAAGGUAUAUUUAAAGUUGAAAGACUGCCUUUCGGUACAAAACCCGCUUGCUCGAUUUUUCAACACAUAAUGGAGAAAGUAUUGCAAGGAGUAACAGGAGUGACCGUUUUUCUGGACGACAUUGUAGUGACAGGGAGAAAUAACAAAGAACAUUUGCAAAACUUAGAGGUAGUGUUUCAAAAAUUAAAAGGUGCAGGAUUCCGUUUGAAUCGAGUGAAAUGUAAUUUCCUACAGGAUAGAAUCGAAUAUUUAGGGCACAUAAUUAGUAAGGAGGGGUUACAAAAAAAUCCUUCUAAAAUUAAAGCAAUAGUGAAUUGUCCAAGACCCGAGAAUGUUUCGCAAGUAAAAGCUUUCAUCGGUAUGAUUAAUUACUAUGCGAAAUUCAUUUCUAAUGUUACAAAACUUUUAAAUCCAUUGUACAAAUUGCUAAGUAAGGACAGUGUUUUUGCAUGGAGUAGGGAAUGUGAAAAUUCAUUUAUCACAGUAAAAGAGGUAAUGGCUUCGGAUAUAAUUUUGGUACAUUUUGAUCCAAAAUUACCUAUCAAAGUAAGCUGUGACGCGAGCUCCUAUGGAGUAGCAGGCAUUUUAGCACAUGUAUUUCCGGAUGGUAGUGAGCGACCUAUUGAAUACGCAUCACGUAAAUUAACAACUGCCGAGAUGAAUUAUGCGGUCAUUGAUAAAGAGGCCUUGGCUAUUUAUUUUUCAAUAAACAAGUUUUCUAAUUAUUUGUUUGGCCACAAAUUUGUAUUAGUGACCGAUCAUAAGCCAUUAAAAUAUCUUUUUGGAGAUACAAGAAGUAUACCAGUAACGGCAGCAGGACGUUUACAGCGUUGGGCGGUGUAUUUAAGUGGUUUUGAUUAUAGUAUCGAAUAUGUUGAAGGGAAAAGAAAUAGUAAUGCAGAUGGUUUAUCUAGAUUACCUAUAAAUUUGAUUUUAAAGGAAUCUACAGAGUACACGUAUUUGAAUUUUGUUUCACAAAAUUCAGAUAUCGUGGUGGAUGCAAAGGCAAUAGAGGAAGAAACUAAAAUUGACAAAAUUUAUUCUAAGAUUUUUAAGUUUGUAAAAGAUGGGUGGCCUACACAGAAUACGGAUAAAGAUUUGCAACGUUUUUUCAAUAGGAGAUUCGAAUUUAGUAUAGAACAAGAGGUAAUUAUGUUAGGACACAGGGUGGUAGUACCUACAAAAUUCCACGACAGUAUUUUAAACGAGCUGCACAUUACACAUGCAGGAAUAGUUAAAAUGAAGUCGAUCGCACGUUCUUACGUGUGGUGGCCGUUAAUAGAUGCAGAUAUAGAGAGAGUAGCUAAACAGUGUGUAAUUUGCAACAAGUUUAAACCCAAUCCUCCACUUGCAGAAGUUUUAGCAUAUAAACAAGCCAAGCAGGUGUUUGAGAGAAUUCAUGUAGAUUUUUUUGGUCCUGUAAGGAAUAAAAUGUUUCUUGUAGUGCUAGAUGCAUGUAGUCGUUGGCCGGAAGUAAUUGAAAUGUGUUCAACUACUUCCUUAGCAACGAUCGAGGCAUUAAGAUCGAUUUUUGCGAGAUAUGGGCUACCAGAUCAGCUGGUAAGCGACAAUGGACCACAGUUCCGAUCUUAUGAAUUUGAAAAUUUUUGCAGAAAUAACGGCAUAAAACACACAUUGACACCACCGUUCCAUCCUGCUAGUAAUGGGGCAGCGGAAAAUGCCGUAAAGGCAGUCAAAACCGCGUUAAUAAAAGCUUUCAGCGAUGGUAGAAAUUCAAAUAUUUCUACGAGCUGUUUAUUGGCUAGGUAUUUGCUCAAUUAUAGAGCUGCUGAUCAUGGCACGACAAAUAAGUCUCCAGCUAGUAUUAUGUUUGGAAGGGAACUGAAAUUAAGGCUCAGUAAUGUCAGACCAAAAUAUAAGACAGAUUCAGAAGAAUUAACUAUUUGUAAGCCCGGAAGAGCCAUAAGUUUUGAACAGGGGGAGGAUGUUUACAUCCGCGACUAUAGCAAUAUAAAUAAAAAGAGCUGGAUACCAGCAAAGAUUCACAAAGUACUGGGACCUAGGGUUUACCUAUGUAAAAAUUCAAAGGGAAUGUACAAGAGACAUUUAGACCAGAUUUUACGGAGCAUUCCUACUACUACUACCGAUAAUAAACCUUUGAUCUCUACAAAUUGUUCAGAUAAUUUUAAGUACACGAUUGUUCCAUUACAUGAUAAUACAGUAUCAGGUUCAGAAGUGAAUGUGGCUCAAACGAAUAUUCAAAUAAAUAAUCCGGUGUUGACCCACGCUCACUCCCGACCAGUUAGAGUAAGGAAAAAGCCAGAUCGGCUUGAUUUGUAAUUUUAGACUUAUAUGGGGAGGUGUGUUAUGUUGACGCAUCCGGUAUAAAAGAACGAUAACAUGUACGGACCGUUGACAAGCAAAAUCGCUCUCUCCCAACCCGACUUUCGACGAGUACGUAACAAGGCGUGUGAAUAAUAUACGAAACAUUGA